AUGUCUCGCGAAGCCUACAAAGUUCCCACAGGCCAAACUGGGUAUACUGGCGCAACCGGUAUCGUCGAAGGAACCACCAACGAUGCGGUUUCCGUAACCUAUGUCUGUGGUGAUUGCAACUCCCGCGUCUCCAUGAAGCGUGGGGAUCAGAUCCGCUGCAAGGAAUGUGGGCAUCGUGUGCUGUAUAAGGAGAGGACUAAGAGAAUGGUGCAGUUUCAAGCCCGAUGA